UGGUGUGACGAGGCUUUGGCUUUUACUCUUCCAGGUGCAUGGUAUUUUGAAAUUGGUUCUGAAGAUGGGUCUCCAACAUCCUUCCCGAUGAAUUCUAGGAAUGUUACCGAAAGUGUAGAAGUGCCAAGCAGUGAGCAUGUUGCUGAAAUCGUUGGUCGUCAGGGUUGUAAAAUCAAGUCGUUACGGGCAAAAACAAAUACUUAUAUAAAAACACCAGUUAGAGGGGAAGAUCCCAUUUUUGUGGUUACUGGGAGGCCAGAAGAUGUUGCAGAUGCAAAACGAGAAAUCGAGUGUGCUGCAGAACACUUUACACAAAUAAGAGCGAGCAGAAGACAUAGUCAAGGUGGUGCUCCUGCCCCUGGUCAUAUUACUGCUUAUGUUCGGGUGCCUUUGCGUGUGGUUGGACUUGUAGUUGGACCAAAAGGUGCUACGAUCAAACGUAUUCAGCAAGAUACUCACACAUAUAUCAUAACUCCAUCUCGAGAGAGAGAGCCAAUUUUUGAAGUCACCGGUUUGCCUCAAAAUGUUGAAGCAGCUAGAAGAGAAAUUGAGCAGCACAUUUACCAGAGAACCGGAAAUAUGCCGAUUACUGAUCCAAGUGCUUCAAUCGGGUCUUACGACCUUCAGGGUUGUCUUGCAUCUGCAGCUAGUCUUCGGAAUUCCAAUCUUAGCUAUGGUGCUUUGGCACAAGCGACAAGAAGACCCUCUGCAAUUGAUACCAUUCAAACUAAUUAUGAUCUGUUGAAAAACUCGGCUGAUGUGACGUUCAGUUUGGUAAUUUUACAUUUGCUUAACUUGAUUUAUUUUUGUUGA